AAAAAAAAAUAUUUACCCCAAAAACAAUCUGUCUCCAUUAUCAUGUAUAGUUGUAUGUAGUGUAGUGUUGCCUCCGCAAGAACAGAAACAGAUUACCUACAAAAAUCCCUCUCUCCAUCUCUGCUGUAGUUCGAAGCUCGAACUAUGCUCAACGCCUGCAUAACUUCAACAAUCUCACUAAGAACAAGAGGAUCAUCAUCAUCAUCCUCUUCUCCAUUUUCUCCAUAUGGCUACUCGCACUGCUCAAUCGAAUCGCACCCAUUUCUCCACUCAUCGUCCAGAUCGAGCUGCUGCAGCUGCUGCUGUUGCUGCUCCAAUCCAAUGUACAGAUCUCAGGUAAGCCCCAAUUACUGCUACAAUCUCUACGGAUUCAGACAAUCCUCCUUAAUUCAAUGGGCCCCUCACAGAAGGCUGACUGGGGUCAGCCUCGAUCGGUGCUACUAUACGCGAUUGCCCGUUUCCAGUGUUGGGUCCGAUUGCUAUUGCGAUGGGGUUUGCAAUUUCAGGGUUAAAAAUUCGGGCAGGGUAAGGAAAAUGGGUCUGGGUUUGAGUAGACGCAUGUUGUUUGAUGAAAGUGCUGAGAGGUAUGAAGUGGAGGCCGAGGCCGUGCUUAGUUUGCUGGCUGAGGAUUUUGACGAGAUAGAAUGUUCUCGUCCGCUAAAGGGAAAAAGGAAAUUACUGAAGAAAUCGGCCGUGGAGGAGAUGGGUAAUGAUGAGGUGAGGGGCAAGAUUAUGGUUAAGAAGAAAAUAGUGGAGUUAGGUGUUUUAGAGAGUGAGCCGAGGUGUGAGAAAAGGAAACCUAACGGUAUUUUAAGGAAGAAGGAUGGUAGAAGGAGAGAGGAAAUAGCUUUUAGGGAAGAAAAGGCGGAAAAUUUAGCUCGGGAGGGAAAUCGAAAAGAACGUGUGGAUGGUGUGACAAAUGGAAGAGACAGAAAGAAUGAAGAAGAUGAGGUGUGGAUUAGAAAGUCGAGCCAGAGGGUCGGUGAGGAGAAAGGGAGAGAAUAUAUUUUGAGGAAAGAGAAUGUGAAUGUGAGUUCAAGGAGGGAUGAUGAGACAGAAGAUCUUUCAAGGAGAGAGGAAGAUAGGGAGAAGGUGAGGAGGAGAGAUGGAUCGAGUUGCUCAUCGUAUUACUCGUUCUCGUCGGCUGGUGAUUACGAGAGCGAAAACGAAACUGAGCUCAAAGAAGACGGGUUUUCUGGGGACUUGUCGAAUUCGGGCGUUGAAAUAGUUCACCAGAAAACUAUGAAAGAGGAUCAGAGGUAUGAGGCUCGUAAAGAAGAUCGUGGACGGAUUUCGACAAGAAAGAGUACAGAAAAGGAUUUCGAGUCUGAUUUUAGGAAGAAAUCGGAAAAGAAACUUACUGAUAUAUCGGUGGAGGAGGUGGAGUCGAGUAAAAAAUCGUUGAUGAAGGAGUCGAAUUUUUCGAGGGCAAGUGAAAUUAAUUAUGAAAGAGGGUCUGAUUACUUUGAUGAGCGGAAAGUAAAAUCGUUGAGCGAAAUCACGAAACCGACUGAAGAGAGAAAACAGAAGCUUCUGCAAAUGGGUGAUGAAGAGCUAAGGCAAUCUGAAACGAGAAUGAAAUACAAACAGUUUGUGGGAAAGAAAGAUACACGUGUUGAUGAGGUUAGAAGUUCUUACGGUUCUCAAAAGGGAUAUACUGUCAAGGGUGAGAUGUCUGCUAAAGUUAAGAGUCCGGAAAAAGCUGUAGAACAUCAAGCACAUCAAGCUGCAGUUGGACUUAGCACAAAAGAGGAUAACUACGAAAGAGAUUCUUGCAAGAUUUCUGAAGUAUCAGAAAGUCAAGAUAUUGAUAUUCGAAAAACUUCCAUUUCCAAGCAAAGGCUCGAAACCAGUGUGAAGGAGGAAGAAUACUCGACCAAUGUAUUUACUUCAACUAAUGUUGCUUCAAAGCAACAACGAGAUGAACAAGCAAGUUUCUUAGGGGAAUCAAGCGGGACAUCUCAAAAUUUGACCAGUAAAAAUGGUAAGUCGAUUUUGAAAAGGGAAUCAGAGAAGCUUAUGAAACAACAAGAUAAUUUGAACUUAGUCUACGGCUCGUCUUCUGAAUCCAAGCAGACACUCUCACAGACACAUUCCAAAAUUGACAAGACAGUUAAUUCCAGAAAAGAAUCUGAUGAAUUCAUUAUUACACAACCUUUACCAUAUUUACCUGAAAAAGAUGCUACUAAUGAAGGUGGAUCUACACUGGCUAGCAAUGAUACUUUUCAUGGGCAGACCUCGAAGUUUGUUUCACCUGAAGAUGCAAUUGAGUCUGCUGCUCGAUUAGAGAAAUCCUCAGAACACUAUCACGGUGAGUUUGUUAGCCAGUUAAGGAGUGAAAUAGUGUCUUCUGAAAUCCAGAGGGAAAAACAAACGCCCGAAACUAAGGUUUUGCCCAAGGUGCAUGACUUAAAGCAAGAUGGUCAACCAUCUGAGUCAAAGGGGCCUUCGGAUGAAAUGUGGAAAGAGGACGAACCAUCUGCUCAGAAACUACUUAAGCCAGAAAUCCAAGAUAAUUCAAUCAAACCUGAAAAUGCCAUUGUAAAGAGAAGCGGGAAAUCAUUGUGGAAUAUUUUUGCCGACAUUGUUCGUUUGCGUUGGUCCCCACGUCUGGAAAGGAAAAGCUCGCCUAAUCAGUCCACGAGUAGCGAAGCAUGGUUUUCUGGUCAUGAAGCAGAUGAAAAUGAAGGGACGAGCAUAACACAUGAUUUGUCUAGCAGGCGUCAAGAAGAAAAAACCCACUUUUUAGUUGGACAAAGUUCCGGCUCAUCAACUUCAGAGGGCUAUAUAAAGAAUGGCAGAAUAAAUGAACCAUCUUCUUCAUCUGUUCUAGAAACUUCAGGUAUAGAAGUUCCUGAAGGAAAGUUUGGGGAUACGUCAUCCUCAAUUUCUUUACCUGCAUUAAGGCUUCGAAAGUUUUCUUCUUUGAGAGGAGGUUUAGAGAUUAAAGAAGUUAAAGAAGAAAAUCCGUCCGAAAGCGAUGUGAAAAUGGAGAAACAAGAAUCAUCGGUUAGUGAGGGGGAGGUAAAACAAAAAAGACUUCAGAGAAAAGAUCAAAUCAUGAAAGAUAGAUUUGAUGAGUGGGAAGAAGCAUACAUGCUUGAAGCAGAGCAGAGAAAAAUCGAUGAAAUGUUUAUGAGGGAAGCACUUUUGGAAGCCAAAAAAGCUGCUGACAACUGGGAGGUGCCAGUGGGGGCUGUGCUAGUGCACAAUGGAAAGAUAAUUGCUCGUGGGUGCAAUCUGGUAGAAGAGAUGCGUGACUCGACUGCUCAUGCGGAAAUCAUAUGUAUACGAGAGGCUUCAAACGUUCUCCGGACAUGGAGGCUUUCGGAAACUACUCUCUAUAUUACACUUGAACCUUGCGCGAUGUGUGCUGGAGCAAUACUCCAAGCUCGAAUAGACACUGUUGUAUGGGGAGCUCCUAAUAAGCUCCUGGGAGCAGAUGGUAGCUGGAUUAGGCUUUUCCCUGUUGGUGAAGGAGGAAAUAGUGACUUGGACUUAACGAGUAAGCCACCUGCCCCGAUUCAUCCUUUUCACCCGAAGAUAGUCGUGAGACGAGGUGUACUUUCUUCAGAGUGUGCUGAUGCAAUGCAACAAUUUUUUAAGCUAAGGAGAAAGAAGGACAAAAAACCCGAUAUUGCCACAUCACCUCCUUCUUGCCUUCCGAUUACACACCGCCCGUCCAGGUUCAUGGCCAAGAUGCAUGAUGGUUUUAGCCUCAUCUUCGAAGUUAUGUCGCCACCGGCCACCCCACCGCCACUUCCACCGCCACCCGUCUCAGCUCCGGUGCCGGAUUUUGUCCCGGCACCAUCACCGGAGCCCGCCAAACACAAGAAGAGACACCAUAAACACAAACAUCAUCACUCUCCGGCACCGGCACCGGCAUUGAUCAUCCAUAGCCCUCCGGCCCCACCUACCGUUCAAGAUUCCGACGAUGACACAGCAUUCGCACCUUCCCCAACUUUUAAUCUGAACGGAGGCGUAUCGAGAAGAACUAGCAUGAGGGUUACUGUUGGAAUUGCAUUGGCUACGUUUUUGGCCGUCAGUAGUUUUUGCGCCUAAGAUUUUUUUCUGCGCAUAAGUUUUUGGCAAAAUGAGAGAAAAGGUGUAUUGGCAUACAGACGAGGAUCAGAGCAUCAGUGCAUUUGUAAAACCACAUAAUAAUAUUUUUCAUUCUUUUUGUACCUCUGAAGAUUGAUUGUGUUAUCAUUCAUCACUACAUGAAUAUAAUGAAAUUGUUUUCUUUGUCAUCAUCAACCCAGAAUGAAACUGAACUGUGGAAAUUUAAAUAAAAAAAAAAAAAGAGGAGAA